AUGGACGCAUCUAGUAAUGAAGGUGCAGAAUUUAAUAAAACGGUGAAAAGAUCUAAAAACGAAGAUAUCGAAAUUUUCAAAUUACUACAAAGUAAUAAUAUAAACUCAAUUAGCUAUUCGGAAAUCAAAAACAGACAACUAAUAAAAAUUAUGUACUAUGGGAUUAUUGUGAGAGGCCAAUGGCAUAAUAAAAUAGUGAUUAUGAAGCAUAUAUCCAAAGAAUUAACGAAUUGGAACAUUGAACUACGUAAACUAGCUACAAUCAAACAUCAAAAUAUAUUAGAAUUCCUCGGAACUUCUGUAGAUCUAGAAACAAAAAGCUACUUUGCGGUACUAGAAUAUGUUAAUAAUGGCAAUCUACAUGAUUACUUGUCUGAACAUGAAGAUCUGAACUGGAUUCAAAGAAUACAAAUUUCGAAGGAAAUAGCUUCUGGCUUGGAGUAUUUGCACAACAAUAUUGAAAUGAUUCAUCGAAAUUUGAAUACAAAAGCUAUUUUCAUCAAUGAAGGGAAGGCAAAAAUAUCAAAUCCUGUAUUAUCGGAAUUAAACAUUGAUACUUCACCAUCAAUAUCAUUGCAAGGCUGGAUGAUUGCAUUUAUUGACGUAGAGCUUUUAAAAGAUCCAAAUCCAACUUUUACAGUAAAAUCUGACGUUUAUAGCCUAGGAUUUGUUAUGUGGUCCAUUUCAAGUGGAAAGUUCCCGUUCGAAAAUUUUACAAGUCAAAUUGAACUAGUAAAACGAAUUUUUUCAGAGAACUUACGAGAAGACCCUGUUAAUGGUACCCCAAAGGCAUAUCUUGAUUUAUAUCAAAAAUGUUGGAGAUCAGACUCAAAAGAACGACCAUCCACGCAAGAAGUUUAUAACCAACUUGAAUUGAUGUUACAUGAAGAAUCAUUAUCAUGA